AAAAAGGCAGCAAAACAAAAGCCCCUGAGUCGGAAGGAGCAGCGCAAGCUCAAGCAUGAGACCAAGAAGAACAACAAAAGGAUCUAUCAUGCGGCCAAAACCGAUGGAGCGCAGCGUGUUGCUGAAGCUGUUGCCGAAGCAGCCGCUCUAGCAGCGCGAGGCAAAAACAAAAACAACAAAAAGAAGAAGCCAAAGAAGCAACAAAUCAAUCCGGAGGACAUUCCUCGCGAGGAGCUGUUGGCUGGAGAAGUGGAUGCCGAUGAUGAUGAGUCCAUUGCCUCUGACUUUAGUGAUGAGGAAGUUGACGCUUUACUGCCAGCUGCACUUAAAGUGAAAACAUUUGAGCCUCUGGGCAAGAAACCGGCAAAGCACGCUGGUAUCCAGCGAGAGGAUGAGAUGACGGCGCGGAAACGAGAACUGCGCCAGCAGAAGGAACUAUUGCAGAAAUCGCGUAAGCAGCGCAUGAAGCAGCUGAGGAUCGAGAAUGAGGAGGAGGACAAGGAAAUUGCUAAAUUGGAGAAGAAACUAAAGUUAAACAAGAGCAAGGAUAAAAAUCGCAUGGUGCGCAAAAUGUUCAAUGAUGGCUUGGACUAUCUACUUGAUUUUGUGCUAGACGAUGACGAGGAAAAGCGGAAGUGGGAGGAGAAGCAACGCCGCAAAAAGGAACUGAAAGAGCAGCAGGAAAAGGAGGAAGCAGGCAUGUGGAGCGAAGAGGAAGAUGAGAUGCCAGAGGCAAACAGCGAAAUGGAUGAAGAUGAUGACGGUGGAGAGGCGUCGGAGAACAGUGACAUGGAAGAGAAUGAAGACGAUUCUGAGGAUGAAGACGAAGAUGGCUCUGAAAGUGGCAACGAGGAGCAAUCAAAUUACAAGGAAGACAUCUAUGGACGCAAACGCGAUGCUGAUGGCAACAUAGUAAACGAUGCCAACGAAUCUGAGCCCAAGGCAACGGGCCAAAAGUAUGUACCACCUCAUCAGCGUGCACUGCUGGCGGCUAGCGAAGGAUCAAGUGCACAGCAGGCGGAGAAAUUAGCGCGUCUCCAAAAGCAGAGCAAAGGUUUGCUCAAUCGUCUGUCCGAGGCGAAUCUGCACAAGAUUGCCAGCGGCAUCGAGGAGCUGUACAUGAAGAACUCACGCUACAACAUGAACGAAACGCUGACCAAACUGCUGCAAGAAGCGCUGCUGGGCAGAACGAAGACCAAUGAACGCAUGGUGCAGGAACACAUGGUGUUGUUAGCCUAUUUGCAUGCGCACAUUGGUAGCGAGAUUGGCGCACACUUUCUGCAGACGUUUGUGGAGCAAUUCGAUGGAUUUCUGAAGCAACUGGAUGAACUGGAGGUGGAGGACAAGCGAUUGAACAACCUCAUGCUAUUGCUUUGCUACAUGUACAUGUUUAAGAUCUAUGAGCUGCGACUAUUGCUCGAGCUAAUUGCUCGCCUGGCAGCCAAUCUAUGCGAGAAGACGGUUGAGUGUCUGCUGCUGAUCUUCCAAACUGUUGGCUUUCGACUGCGCAAAGAUGAUCCCUUGGCCUUCAAGAGCAUGAUGCAGAAUGUGCAAACGCAAAUCGCUGCAGCACCGUUGGAAUUGAAAGAAAAUCCUCGACUGCGCUUUAUGAUCGACACACUGAAUGCUGUAAAGAACAACAAUAUGAGCAAAUUGCCCCAAUACGAUCCUGAGUUGGCAGAGACGCUGCGGAAGCGUCUAAAGGGAAUGCUGCGCAAUGAACGUUAUGUGGUCACACUGAACAUCACAUUGGAGGACUUGUUGCGUGCCGACAAGGUGGGCAAAUGGUGGAUUGUUGGCUCGGCCUGGACAGGCAAUCUAGCCGAGAUGGGCACUGCCCAGGCGGCAGACCAAGAGAAGCAGCGACAGCAACAAGGCAGUCAACGCUACUCGGAGAAACUCUUAGAGCUAGCAAAGAAACAACACAUGAAUACGGCGGAACGACGUAACAUUUUCUGCAUCAUUAUGAGUGCCGCUGACUAUGUGGAUGCCUUUGAAAAGAUUCUGCAUCUGGCGCUGAAAGAUCAACGCACCGUUGCGUAUGUGAUUAUACAUUGUGCGCUCAACGAGCGUCGCUCUAAUCCGUACUAUGCCCAUCUGGCACUCAAAUUCUGUCAGUACAAUCGCAAGUUCCAGUUGGCGUUUCAAUUUGCCAGCUGGGAUCGCAUCAACGACAUUGAGUCGCUGUCCAAGACACAGAUACGCAAUCUGGCCAGCUUUCUGCAGCAGCUCAUCCUCUCCUCCGGACUGCAGUUGUCCGUGUUGAAGGUUGUGGACUUUAUGCAGCUGCACAAACUAAGUUUUUAUUUUAUGCGCGAGAUUAUGCAGCGGCUGUUGUUGUCCAACGAAGAGGAUCAAGUGUAUCAAGCCUUCGAGCGCAUUGCCAAGAACUCAAAGUUACAGCAGUUCAAGCAGAGCAUUCGAUUGUUUAUGCAGCACUUCAUGCUGGACAAGCUAGACGAGCACAAGGUUGAAGAGGAGAAACAACUGCUGCGGCAACGAAUUGAAUAUUUGGACAAGAUGUUGGCUUAUGUAGAUUUGUAAAUAUAUAUAGAUAUAUAUAACUCUUUCUUUUAAUAAUUGUUGUAUCAUAAAACUCUAAACA